UCUUCUUCGAAUUUCCCAAAUUGCCCUCCCGAUGUCAGCAACCCUAGCCCUCUCCGGCCUCUCCUUCACCUCCCCCAAGCUCCGCUCCUCCCCCUCCUCUCUCCCCGAAAUGCCCCUCCCCCGCCGCCAGCUCAAGCUCUCCGUCAGGGCCUUCGCGGAGACGGAGCGGCGGCCGAUGACGGCGACUUCCCCGGCGAGCCUCUACGAGGUUCUCCAGGUCAAGAACAACGCGUCGCAGAUGGAGAUCAAGACGGCGUACAGGAGCCUCGCGAAGAUGCACCACCCGGACGCGUCGUCGUCGGCGGCGGAAGCCGAUUCGGACGGGCGCGAAUUCAUCGAGAUCCACAACGCGUACGCGACGCUGUCGGAUCCGGCGGCCAGGGCGAUGUACGACCUGACGUUGAAUGCGGGCGUUGGUUUCGAUCGGCGGAGAAGCCCGGUCGGGUUUCGGCCCAAUGGGUUCUAUUCGACCCGGAGGUGGGAGACGGACCAGUGCUGGUAGAAUAGAAAUGCGCAGUUUCGAGUUCACCUGUAUUUCAGUUUUCUUAGAAUUUUCUAAGAAAAGAAACGAGACGUGUAAAGAGUAGAGGAGAAAUUAUGUAAAUUCUUAUCACUAGCAGUGAAUAUUUUCAGUUCAUUUUUUACUGCAGUUUUUAGA